AUAGCAAAUUUUAUUGGUCACAUACACAUGAUUAGGAGAUGUUAUUGCAAGUGUAGUGAAAUGCUUGUGCGUCUAGUUCAGACAGUGCAGCAAUAUCUAAUAAGUAAUAUCUAACAAUUCCACAACAAAUACCCAAUACACACAAAUCUAAGUAAAGGAAUGGAAUAAGAAUAUAGAACUAUAUGGAUGAGCAAUGUCAGAGCGACAUAGGCUAAGAUGCAAUAGAUAGCAUGUAAUACAGUGUAUAUAUACAUAUGAGAUUAGAAUUUCAGCUUUUCAGCAUUUCAGCUUUGUGACUCGAGAGCCCAACAAAGGCUUGACUGUUCUGAGGCGUGUAGAGAGAUCUUCUGAGAUCUCCUGUUUUCAAAGAAUCAUGUGGUUUGGUUCCCUCUCUCUCAAACUCUCGACCCCCGUAGAGCUGUGCUGUGCCCACAUCCUCCCCCUGUACGACCCCCACCUAGAUCAUGUUUCUUCCCAUAUACCCCUCAGCCCACACAGACUCCAAAGAACCAAGCACUAUAGCCAUGCAGUUCUGGGCAGUAACAAGUUACUUUUACAGAAAGCCUUGGCUUAGCUGCAGCAAGGAACAUUGUUAAUGUAAGAAACUAUCUCGCAAGGUGACGCCAAACGCCACGUUCAAUAUAGCAAUUAUAUAACAACAACCUAUGUAAUGACAUUUUAAAAUUAUGAUUAAAAAAAUCAUAAUUUGCCCAUCUACACACAAUACCCAAUAAUGUCAGAGUGAAAACAUGUUUUUAGACAUUUUUGCAAAUUUAUUGAAAAUGAAACAUAAUUUACAUAAGUAUUCAUACCCAUGAGUCAAUAACUGUUUGAAUCACCUUUGGAUGCGAUUACAGCUGUGAGUCUUUCUGGGUAAAUCUGUAAGAGCUUUGCACACCUAGAUUGUACAAUAUUUGAACAUUACAGACAUUUUCAAGUCUUUCCAUAGAUUUUCAAGCUGAUUUAAGUCAAAACUGUAACUGGGCCUCUCAGGAACAUUCGAUGUCGUCUUGGUAACCUAGUGGUUAGAGCGUUGGGCUAGUAACCAAAAGCUUGCAAGUUCAUAUCCCUGAGCUGACAAGGUACAAAUCUGUCAUUCUGCCCCUGAACAGGCAGUUAACCCACUGUUCCUAGGCUGUCAUUGAAAAUAAGAAUUUGUUCUUAACUGACUUGCCUACUCAGUCAUGUGUUGUGUUGAUUUGCCCCAAACAUAACGCUUUGUAUUCAGCAACAUAAAGUUAAUUUCUUUGCCACAAUUUUUGCUGUUUUACUUUAGUGACUUUUUUAAUUCUGUACAGGCUUCCUUCUUGUCAUUCUGUCAUUUAGGGUAGUAUUGUGGAGUAACGCCAAUGUUGUUGAUCCAUCCUCAGUUUUCUCUUAUCACAGCCAUUAAACUCUGUCACCAUUGACCUCACAGUGAAAUCCCUGAGUGGUUUCCAUCCUGUAUCUUUGUAAUGACUGGGUGUAUUUAUACACCAUCCAAAGUGUAAUUAAUAACGUCACCAUGUUUAUAGGGAUAUUCAAUGUCUGCUUUUAUUCCCAUCUACCAAUAAUUGCCCUUCGUUGAGGGGCAUUGGAAAACCUCAGAGUUGAGGUAGUCAUUCAAAAAUCAUGUUAAACACUAUUAUUGUGCACAGCGUCCAUGCAACAGAGUCCAUGCAACUUAUUAUGCGACUUGUUAAGCGCAUUUUUACUCCUGAACUUAUUUAGGCUUGCCAUAACAAAGGGAUUGAAUACUUAAUGACUCAAAGACAUUUCCGUUAAUUCAUUUUUUAUUAAUUUGUAAAAAUGUAUAAAAUCAUUCCACUUAUGGGGUAUUGUGUGUAGUCCAGUGAUCAUAAAAAUCUAAACGUAAUCCAUUUUUAAUUCAGGCUGUAACACAACAAAAUGUGGAGAAAGUCAAGGGGUGUGAAUACUUUCUGAAGGCACUUUACAGUGUAUCUGGGUAAUGUUCUUACUGAAUGGAAAUUUGGAAAUUAAAUUAAAAUUGAAUUCUAUUCCCUAGCUAGUGUGUGAAGUAAAUAUAUUAAAGGUGGCCCAUAUAACCAAGGCAUAAAAGGGGGUAUUAUGGCAGAUCGGGGGGUUUGGUCAAGACGUUUACCCAGAUCAGACACGGACAGAGAAGGAUUAGCUCAGUUUCAAGGGUGUUUAUUUAAAUAAUAGAUCAAAAAGAAAAUGAUGGGUCUCCUCUAUGAGAACCUCUCUGGGAUGCCAUCUUCUGGGAUUCUGGGUCUGGCUGUAUCCUGUCGGGCACAAAACUCACCUCCCUCUUGUUACCUCUGCAACCAUCAACAAUAACACAGGAGUCCUUUCUGACAGAAGUACUCAUUAAGCAUCAUUGUUGGUUGGCUGUAUAUUGAUUUAACAUGAACUGGAGUUAAGGUAGCUGGAUCUGCAGCUGUGCUCCAGUACUCAGUGCUGCUGCAGCUGGUCUAGGUCACACACCUGGGCAGAGCGGUUCGGGUUAGGAGAGGUGAUCCACACUUGGCAAUUGUGCAAACUAGUCACACCAGAAAAAAAUGAGGUCUUGAUUUUAAAUGUGUUGGUAUAAAACAAUACAAUAUAGUGCUAAAAUAGUGUUGACAAGUACUAUUCAUACGGACUCUAAAUACUUUUGAUCUUGACUGAAAUUUCUAUUCCGGUGGUUCUAGAAGUCCAGAGGUUGGUUGAGACAUAAAGUCAUUGUUGAUAUUAUGAAAUUGUUUCACUUUCUGUUGGUCCAUGAGUUUGACCUUAUUCAGAAUGAGGGCUAUCGCUGGUGGAGUAAGUCUCAAAAACUAGUGAAAUGUUUUUUAAAAAGUGUCUGAACACUUCUACAGCAUGCCAUUUACAUCAAGAGUAGAGAUUUUGUUAAAGAGGAAUAUAGAAGAAUAGUUAGACAUACCGCAUAACACGUUUUAAGUUAGGAGUAUAAAGUUACCGUAAAAUGUAUUUAUUUUAUGUUUUAUUUUAUGUGUUAAUAUUGCAUGAAUCAGUGAUCUCUUAAGUGGCAAAUACAGACAAAACCUAACAAACAAUCAACAAGAGGACAUACAUCUAAUGUAUUAUUUGGGGAAAUCUUCUGACGUAAUGUCUUUACUGCAAGUGUGUGUGUGUGUGUGUGUGUGUGUGUGUGUGUGUGUGUGUGUGUGUGUGUGUGUGUGUGUGUGUGUGUGUGUGUGUGUGUGUGUGUGUGUGUGUGUGUGUGUGUGUGUGUGUGUGUGUGUGUGUGUGUGUGUGUGUGUGUGCGAUAGGCCUGGUGUGUGGCUGUGUGUUGCCCAGGCAACACUUGGCCAUGUUACUUCAGUUCCUCCCCUGUUCUCUGGCAGAUGCUUGAAGGGAAAAUAAAUCACUUUUGCCGACCCUCAGCUAACACUCGACAUACACCACAAGUCCACAGCCACUCAAGAUGACCCCAUUGGGACUGGUAUGGAUAAUGGUGUGUUUGAUGACAACAGUGUCCUGCCAGACACUUUCAGAGCCCGACUUUGUCCGCUACCCCAGGAUCAACGACACAGAGGUCCUCACCUGUGAGUGUUCCAGCCGCUCCUGCCAGACGGUCUUCUGGUUCCGCACUCUCCACAACAACCUUGACAUCCAGUUCCUCCUUCUCAGCCUCAACAAUGCUGGCCGGACCAACCACGAAGCCAGUGUGGACAAACACCGGUUCCAGGCCAGUAAGCGGGAUGGGGGAAGCAAGAUGACUUUCACACUGCACAUCAUCAACAUAAGUUCAGAGGACGCAGGGCUGUACACCUGUGUGCUCCAGAACCAGAAAGAGAACGAGCUGUGGAGGCCAGGAGUUCUUCUCAGACCUGGAGAAACUCGGCCAACAUUACUCCCCGUCACAAAGCCUCAGCCCCAAGGCAUCCCAAACAGCAUCCCAAACGGCCGCUGCACCAAAAGCAACUAUCAAACCCCAAAAGGCUGUGGCUCCAAGGUUCUCUGGCCGUUGGUUGGAGUGCUGCUGGCCCUGGCUGUGGCUCCAAGGUUCUCUGGCCGUUGGUUGGAGUGCUGCUGGCCCUGGCUGUGGCUCCAAGGUUCUAUGACCGUUGGUUGGAGUGCUGCUGGCCCUGGCUGUGGCUCCAAGGUUCUCUGGCCGUUGGUUGGAGUGCUGCUGGCCCUGGCUGUGGCUCCAAGGUUCUCUGGCCGUUGGUUGGAGUGCUGCUGGCCCUGGCUGUGGCUCCAAGGUUCUAUGACCGUUGGUUGGAGUGCUGCUGGCCCUGGCUGUGGCUCCAAGGUUCUCUGGCCGUUGGUUGGAGUGCUGCUGGCCCUGGCUGUGGCUCCAAGGUUCUCUGGCCGUUGGUUGGAGUGCUGCUGGCCCUGGCUGUGGCUCCAAGGUUCUAUGACCGUUGGUUGGAGUGCUGCUGGCCCUGGCUGUGGCUCCAAGGUUCUCUGGCCGUUGGUUGGAGUGCUGCUGGCCCUGGCUGUGGCUCCAAGGUUCUCUGGCCGUUGGUUGGAGUGCUGCUGGCCCUGGCUGUGGCUCCAAGGUUCUCUGGCCGUUGGUUGGAGUGCUGCUGGCCCUGGCUGUGGCUCCAAGGUUCUCUGGCCGUUGGUUGGAGUGCUGCUGGACCUGGCUGUGGCUCCAAGGUUCUAUGACCGUUGGUUGGAGUGCUGCUGGACCUGGCUGUGGCUCCAAGGUUCUCUGGCCGUUGGUUGGAGUGCUGCUGGACCUGGCUGUGGCUUUGAUCUCCACACUGUACUACUUCAGCCGACUACCCAAAAAGUGUCGACAUCAGUUUGCCAAGAAAGGACUAUUGGAGUAAUUCAGAACGCCCACACUGCAGACUCAGAGACAGUGCUGUAUUUACUGUAUGUGUCCUUACAGGGAUCUCCUUCCACUUUAUGAAUCUGAAGACUGUUUUAUUAGCAUCUUACUUUUCUAUUCUUUGUUCAUUACAACGAAGAAACAGCCUGAAGUUCCAUCUGUCUAAAAGAAAACAUUUAGGAUUCUGUUCACAAUGUUAAUGUCUCUGGCUAUGGAUUUGUAAUUAAGGGAAUGUAUCAUAUAUAAAACCUUUAUACUGAGCAGGUAUUACUCUCAUAUGUGCUAGUAUUGCACCAAUGCUAUGCAUUCUGCUGCGGUAGCCUAAUGUUAUGAUUAUUGGAUGUGUGCAACAUGUAUAGAUGAUAAAUAAAAUCU